AUUAGCCUCCAACCUCUUGGUUUUUUGUGUUUUUAUUGUCUUUUGUGAUCAGGUGAGUGGAGCGUUCCUGAACAGGCAGCCCCUGCUAAUCGAGCGCCUAUCGCACAACAGGAGAGCAACAAGAUGGCGCAGGCAAUAUUUGAAGUGCUAGAAGGCAUGGAUAACCAGACAGUGUUGGCAGUCCAGUCCCUGCUGGACGGCCAAGGAGGAGUUCCUGACCCCAACAACCAGAACGUCUCUGGAUCACCUAAUAUUCAGUCUAUGGAUGACGAGGAUGUGUUCCUGUGUGGGAAGUGUAAAAAACAGUUCAAUUCUCUGCCAGCCUUCAUGACACACAAGAGGGAGCAGUGCCAGUCCAGCGCCCCCUCCCUGUCCACGGUGUCGUUAGCCUCCACCAAUGCCUACACACCGGUCCCAUCAAUCAGCUCUGGGCCACAGGCUCUUGCCAACAGACAGGUAUCCACCUAUAUCACAGUCCCCCCCUCUCCUCUGACACACACUUUGGUUCAAGGCAACUUGCUGGUCAGUGAUGAUGUUCUCAUGUCAGCUAUCUCAGCCUUCACUUCUAUUGACCAGCCCAUGUCCACUAUGCAGACACCUAUACAGAGUAACCUGAGCAUGCACACUGCUGGUGUAUCCUACCUUCAGCAUCACCAUCACCACCAUCAUCAUCAACAACAGCAGCAGUCCUCCCAUUCCAUGCCUCCCAACCAGCCAGCAGCCCACCCACUACCAGCAGGACAGCCUGCCCAACAGCCACACUCAUCACAGGUCCCAGCGAGCCAAAGCAACUCAGUGGUCCAGGUGUAUAGCACGCUGCCCCAUAUGGCCGGAGGUGGUGGUGCAGAAAUCCACACCCUGGGUCCACAGCCUUUCCAUCCUGUACAAGUACCCAGUCAGUGUGUGGAGAGCCAGUCAUUCACCACCCCUCCUGUGUACAGCCCUGGGAAGCAGGGCACAAAAACGAAGACCUGCAGCAUCACCGGCAGCCUAACGGAGUUGGGAGACUUUGAAAAAGUCAUUAUUCCCAAACGACCCAGGAGCAGCAAAAAAGGCCCAGACGGCUCAACAGCAGAGCAACUGAAAAGAAAAGGUUCAAAAUUGAAGUGUAACUUCUGUGACAAGAUCUUCUCAAAAAACUUUGAUCUUCAGCAGCACAUUAGAAGCCAUACUGGAGAGAAACCAUUUCAGUGCAUUGUCUGUGGCAGAGCCUUUGCCCAAAAGUCCAAUGUGAAGAAACACAUGCAGACACACAAGGUGUGGCCCAUGGGUGCAGCUAGCACGGUGUCCAGGUUACCAGUCACAGUGAAGGUGGUGCCGCUGUCAUCUAACGAGGAGGAGAGUGGAGGGGAGCAGCAACAGCAACAAGGUGAACAGGAGGAGGAAGUCCCGCAGCAGCAGAGGAGCCAGACGCAGACGGAGGAUGAAGCAUCUCAAACAGAAUCUGCAGGAGAUUUAGAGGAGUGUGUGACGGAGGCUCGGGCCGAUCCGGAGUGCAGCCAAGGGGCGGCGACGCAGAACGGCCAUUCUCCUGCACAGGUGCAGCCUGAGCAGAGCCAACAGUGCCAAGUUCAGAAACAGAUCGUUGUGAUAGACAGCUCCUACCAGUGCCAGUUCUGUGCCAGCAAGUUCAAGACCUAUUUCCAGCUUAAGUCCCACCUUACACAGCACAAAGCCGAACAGGUGUAUAAGUGUGUCCUGAAGACCUGCUCUCAGACCUUCCAGAAGCUUGAUCAGUUUUUAGAGCACAUCAGGACCCACCAGGAGCAGCUGACCUACCGCUGCCAUCUUUGCAGCAAGGUGUUCCCAUCGCUGUUUGAACUGGGAGUUCACCAGUACUCUCACUGUUUCUGCCCGCAGCCGAACGCGCGCAAGGAAACCAGUGUCUACAGGUGUGUAAAAUGUCAAAGCAGAUAUUCUACUCAGGAAGCACUGGAGCAACAUCUACUGACCGCCUCACACAGCUUUCCCUGCCCACACUGUCAGAAGGUUUUCCCAUGUGAAAGAUAUUUCAGACGCCACCUUCCCACUCACGGUGUUGGAGGGAGGUUUAAAUGUCAGAUCUGCAAAAAGGCCUUCAAGACAGAGCACUACCUCAAACUGCACACACGCAUUCACUCAGGUGAAAAGCCAUAUAAAUGCUCCCUCUGUGAGGCGAUGUUCAACAGGAAGGAUAAAGUCAAGCGACACAUGCUCAUACACGAACCUUUUAAGAAAUACAAAUGUCCCUUCAGGAGUCAUGUAGGCUGCACCAAAGAAUUCAACAGACCAGACAAACUCAAAGCCCACAUUCUGUCACAUUCUGGUAUCAAACCCUACAAGUGUUUGUUUUGUCAGAAGGCGUUCAGCCGCAGAGCUCACAUGCUUGAGCAUCAGCAGUCACACACAGAUAAUUACCGGUUUCGAUGCUCCACCUGCAACAAGGGAUUUACCAGACAGAGCUAUUAUAGAGAUCACAAGUGCCCUGCAGCAGGAAACGGGACAAGGAUUGAAGCAGAGACUGGAGAGACAGAGGGGGGCAAGGGCAUUGGAGAGCUGAUGCCAGAGGAGAAGGGUCGAGAAGAUGCCGGGGGAAGGAGGAGAUUGCUGAGAAAAGCAAAGAAACCAGGGUAUGGGAGAGAUGAGAGAGAGGAGGCAGAGAGCUCAAACUGUAGCCAUGAGCACCUGGACACACAUGAGGAUGAAGAGGAGGAGGAUAGAACUGAUGAGGGGGUGCAGGAUGCAAUGGCUGUUCAUCCCACUGCAGGAGAAGGAUGAAAGAGAGGACGCUGAGGAUGGCGGACUAGCAAUGGAGCAGAGACCAAAACUGUUUGCAGCAGCCAUGCUGGAAAUUUUAUCAUUAUUAUUUAUCAUUUCCUCAACUUGGACCAACAUGUACAACGUUGGAAAAAAAAAGAAAUCUGGGAAUCUAGGAAAUGCUUUUAUUGUUUUAAAUUAAAACUUAACUUAUGUGGACUCCUAUUACUCAGCAGAUAAAGAAACCUCACAGGAUGUGUUAUUUUAAAAGUCUACUGUACAGUGUCACCAUGACGACCAGUUGGGUUUAGAGUCAUCAUUUAGGACUCAUUUCUACUUUUAAAAAAUUGCAAUACAAAACCAUGUGCAAUACAUCUCAGAAUAAUCUAAUGUAUUUUGUGACAGUGGGACCUUAUGGGUUAAACAGCAAAACACAUUCUGCAUUCUGAGUAAAGAUCCACUUUUAAAACCUUAAACAUCAUUAAUGAUCAAGUAUUUUUUGUUUUAUAAGCUGUUCAAAAAAGGAUACCAACCCUCACAGACCAACUCUCACAUUUAAACUGAGCUGGCGAGCUUAAUAAUGAAAUCUGCAGGAACUGAAAAGAAUAUUUACAUUUAUUCAUCCAAGCAAAAACACUCAGUUUUGACUUAAUUUAUUAAGUUGACAAUUUCUAUAUUACACAUCUUUCAUGUACAUCAGAAAUUAAACAGGGAAAAGAAAAUAUAGCAUAACCAUAAACCUCUUAUUAAAACCUCUCUUUUACAAAAGACAAUGUUAUUGACAUAAUUUACAACCAAUUCAUGUACAGGAGAGUGACAGUGGUAUAGUUGACUUCAGUUAAGUCUAGAGAAAGUAAAAAGAGCACUGAAUUAUGGUAUUUACAUAUUUGCUUAACUAUGAUCUUAUUAUUAUUGACACUCUGCAUUAUGGGUAAAAUCUGAGGUAAAAAUGUAAAUAGGCAACUAAACUGGUCAACUUUCAUUGUGAUACAUUUGUUAAACUACACUGAAUUUUC